AUGGGAGGAGAAACAUACGAAACAGCGAAGCCAAAGAGCUCGUACCCAGUACGAUCGGCGCAUCCUGUGGGGCAAUGGAUCCCAGACAUCUACAAGAGUCGAAUUGGCCAGUUCUAUGCAGGUGGACAAUAUGAAGAAAAUAACCUACGGGCGAUGAUGAACGAAGCAGUAGUUUCUGGAUCCCCUCACGUCAAGCUCUCCGUCUGGCAUGCUCCCAAUCUUAGUCGACCAACCUUUAAGGAGGCCACGAAACAUAAAUUCGAGAAGACCAGCGUUGGUCAAUCAUUUGGCCCCUCAUGGUCGACACAUUGGUUCAAGAUCCAACUCACGGUUCCUUCUGAGCUUCGAAAGAAAGAGCUUCUGGAGUUCCACUGGGAUGCGAACAAUGAGGGCAUGGUGUGGACAGAGGAUGGCAACCCACUUCAGGGAUUGACCGGUGGUGGUGAACGAACAGAAUGGGUCCUUCCAGAGAGCUUCAGAGAUGGAAAAGAGCAUACAUUUUAUAUCGAGAUGGCUUGCAACCGCAUGUUUGGAAACGCGGCCGGCGGAGACUCCAUUCAACCACCAAACCCGGACAACUAUUACCAACUGAGUAAGGCAGAUAUUGUGGCCGUCAAUUCGGAAACUCGCCAAUUAUACAUUGAUAUAUGGGUGAUUGGAGAUGCUGCCAGAGAAUUCCCUGCAGAUUCAUGGGAGCAGCAUAAAGCCCUGAAGGUUGCCAAUGAGAUCAUUGACGCUUUUGAACUGGGCAAUCAAGACUCGAUUAUCAAGGGUCGAAGGAUUGCCCAAGAAUAUCUUGGCAAGAAUGUCAGUUCAUCGAAAGUCUAUGAGACUGGGACUAAGCCUCUUGUUUAUGGUAUUGGUCAAUGCCACAUUGAUACCUGCUGGCUCUGGCCUUGGGCUGAGACCAAGAGGAAGGUUGCCAGAUCAUGGUCAAACCAGUGUGAUUUGAUGGAUCGCUACCCAGAACAUCGAUUUGCCGUCUCACAAGCGCAGCAAUACAAAUGGCUCAAACAAUAUUACCCAUAUGUCUUUGACCGGGUCAAGGACAAAGUCAAGAAGGGUACAUUCCAGCCCGUCGGAGGCAGUUGGGUUGAGCACGAUACCAAUUUGCCCAGUGGCGAGUCCCUUGUCAGGCAGUUCGUGUAUGGACAGCGGUUUUUUGAGAGCAAUUUCGGUGACAGAUGUCAGACGUUUUGGUUGCCUGACACCUUUGGGUACUCCAGUCAACUCCCUCAGUUGUGCCGGUUGGCUGGCAUGACUCGAUUCUUCACUCAGAAAUUGAGCUGGAAUAACAUCAACAAGUUCCCCCACACAACCUUCAACUGGGUUUCUCUUGACGGGAGCCAGGUCAUCUGCCACAUGGCUCCUGCCGAAACUUAUACAGCAGAGGCAAAUUUUGGGGACGUUAGGAGGUCUGUUACUCAACACAAGUCAAUGGAUCAAGACGAAACCUCACUUCUUGUCUUUGGAAAGGGCGAUGGAGGCGGAGGUCCUACCUGGGAGCACUUGGAAAAGCUUCGACGGUGCCGUGGGAUGAGUGAUACCGUCGGAUUAUUGCCGAGAGUUCAUAUGGGUAACUCCGUUGAAGAUUUCUUCAACAACAUCGAGAAGAGGAUCUCGGAAGGUCUCAACCUUGUUACUUGGUACGGCGAGCUCUAUUUUGAACUUCACCGAGGAACAUAUACCACCCAGGCAAACAACAAGAGAAACAAUAGAAAGUCUGAGAUGAUGCUUCGUGACAUCGAAUUACUUGCAUCACUGGCGAGCAUCAAAGGAAGCUACAAGUACCCGAAGAAAGAUAUCGAUGAUAUGUGGGAAGCAGUUUUGCUCUGCCAAUUCCAUGACUGCUUGCCUGGUAGUUCUAUAGAAAUGUGUUACGAUGAUAGCGAUGAGCUAUACGCCAAAGUCUUUGAAACUGGCGAGAAGAUUUUGAAAGAGCUUCAAGAAUUUUUUGGCGUUCAAGCCGUUGAGAACCCAAAAUCCAAGGAAAGACUUGCUGCGUUGAACACAAUGCCCUGGCACCGCCGAGAGAUCAUCUCACUUGGAAAUGGCCAAGCCGGGGUUGCCUGUGGUGAUGGCAAUCUGCUCAAUAUCAAAACGUUCAAGAUUGCGGAAACUCCAGAGGUUACUGUCAAAGAUAUUAAGGACGGCGUGUUUGUCCUACAGAACGAUCAAUUGCGGGUGCAAGUUGACCGUGGAUGCAUCACCUCGCUCUACGACCGCUUAGCCGAACGAGAAGUGAUUCCAGAGGGAGGCAAGGCAAAUCAAUUCGUCAUAUUUGAUGAUAAGCCACUUUACUGGCAAGCCUGGGAUGUCGAAGUCUUCCACCUGGACUCUCGCAAGGUCUUGUCUUCAGGGGCUACGAAGGUCGUUCAGAGUGAUGCCCAUCAAGUGAGCGUCAUGACUGAGACCAAGAUCAGUGAGAGGAGCUGGGUCAAGACAUAUAUUAGUCUCUCGGCAGCGUUCAAGGGCCAACAGUCAUAUGUUGAGAUGCACAGCGAAGUUGAAUGGAGAGAGGAUAAGAAAUUCUUGAAGGUUGAAUUCCCUGUCGAUGUCAGAAAUACCGAAGCUUCGUAUGAGACACAAUUCGGUAUUGUUCGAAGGCCAACUCAUUACAACACCACAUGGGACAUGGCCAAAUUUGAGGUUUGCUGCCACAAAUUUGCCGAUCUGUCGGAGCAUGGUUAUGGUGUGUCCAUUCUGAACGACAGCAAGUACGGCUUUGCAACAUGCGGAAAUCUCAUGCGUCUAUCACUUCUUCGCGCUCCCAAGGCACCAGAUGCACACGCUGAUAUGGGUCGCCACGACAUCCGCUGGGCAAUCCUUCCUCACCAAGGCGACUUGGGAUCUACCACUGUUCGCACUGCGUUCAAUUUCAACAAUCCACUCAAGCUUGUUCAAGCACCAGAGACUCUUGAUGCAUCGGCAUUUAGCAGUCCGAUUAAGCUUACUGGUAAUAAGUCAUUGGUCCUCGACACCGUGAAGAGAGGAGAAGAUGACGAGGAUGUCAGCCGUGGGGAGCUGAUGAAGCGGAAGGGCAAGAGUGUCAUCCUGCGCAUUUACGAGAGCUUGGGAGGAAUGAGUAAGGGGACAAUUGAGACGACCUUGGAUAUCAAGAAGGUCUGGAAGACAAAUAUUUUGGAGGAUGAUGGAGAGCUGGUUAAGUUCGAGAAGGGCAAGGCGGAUAUCACGCUCAAACCGUUCGAGGUUGCUACCUUCAGAUUGCAAUUGUAG